AUGCUGGAGCAAAGAGGGGUAAUUUUCCCGGCCAAAGGGUACACAUCUACCGCCCAUACCAUAUCUACCAUACAGAGUUAUGGGAAAACUCCUCCCCCCCUCUCCAUUAAUCUAUAUACUCGAGUACUGUACAAUACGAGUACUCACCACGGACACCGCUCGCCUAAAUCACAGAACACCAACAACGCCAUGGAAUUCCAACGCCCCCUCCUCCUCCUCUCUCGCCACCGAACAUCCCUCUUUGGUCUAGCAAUGUGCAACGCCCUCGGCACGCUAGCGGAAUCCUAAGUGGGCGGGACAUUCGCAAAUAUCAACACGCCGCAGUCGAGCCACAACCUGAACCUGGAAGAAAGGACUUGGAUAGUAGCAUGACCACCCGCACGAAAUGUGUCAGGAAGCGUGUGCUUCGGACACUCUCCUCAUGUGCAAGACAUUGCAAUGGACCGAAGUUCAGGGUUGGGGGGAGGAUCAAGGCGCACUUGCUCCAGGUCGUUAGGGAGUUUUCAUACGUGAACCGCAGGUUGCGGGACGCCCUUGCCAACGCCGAGUUUGUGAAUGAGCCCCCAUGAGGGGAUCUUGCUGUCCGGGCAUGUGCUACACACAAUUGAGGCCGAACUGUGAGAUCUAUUUACUACCGUGACGUUCGAGGACGGGGCGGUUUUGGUGGUUAAUCCGGGCGACGGUGCUGAUACUGUUGCUGCGAUUUGCGGCGGGUUGGUCCGCGCUUGGUAUGCCGAUGUCGGGUUUUCGAGGGGCUUGCCCCCGUGUCCGGGGUAUUGGGGAGGUUAAGGGAUGGGAGGGGAUUGCUCAAGUCCGAGGCUUUUGAGGAUGCGGUUGGGGAUUUGUUGAGAGUUAGUGGAUUGGGGGGUAAAUUUUUGUAAUAUCAUCGUUGGUGGGGUGGGGGUAACGGUUAAGCGGAGUCGGUUGGCUAGCGGAGGAGCAGCAACCGUUUUCCCGCACGGUAUGAUUGGGCGGUGACAAUAAUUGGGGGUUUCUCUUCCAUGGCCGCGGCGAAGAUGGGCUCAAAGCAAGAAACAAGUAAUCUUCGCUCCCCUCUAGCCUAGGAGAGGGGGAGAUAUACUGAUAUUGAUCCGGCAAACGUUAGUACCAAAAUACUUCUAAAAAUCAGAAAAAGUUCACAAUUAAUCUCUUCAAA